GCAGGUCAACAUCUUUAGCCAUUGCACCAACGGAAACUUCCCCGCAAAAGCUUGGAACCCAGCCUGGCACAUCAACAACCACCAUCACUUGACAAGCAUUGAUCCACGAAAUGGCGGACAACCUUAGGAUAGCAAUCAUAGGCGCUGGGAUGGGCGGCCUUGCUACAGCUUUAUCUCUUGCAAAAGCCGGCCACAAAAACAUCACAGUGUACGAGCAUGCCUCAAACCUUGGCUUCGUGGGGGCAGGCAUCCAGCUAGCACCCAACAUGGCUAUCAUUCUUGAUAAGAUGGGCGUCUGGAAGCAAAUAGCUGCCGAAGCCGUGCAAUGCGCAAACACAUCCAUCCGCGACGGCGCCUCAAACAACGAGCUGGGAUAUGUCGAUCUAGGCUACGUCCAGGAGAAGUACAACUACCCGCACAUGGUCGGACAUCGUGCCUCGCUGGCAAGCGGUCUGUAUGAUGGCUGUCAGAAGGAGAGUGGAAUCACCUUCAAGUUCGGCAGCACGAUCACAAAUGCGCGUUUCGGCGCCAAGCCCUCGUUCCAGGUGACCAACAACAAGACUGGUGAGAAGGAAGACGUCGAAUGUGACAUCCUACUCGGCUGUGACGGUGUGAAGAGCAACACCCGCGUUGCCAUGCUGGACGGGCUGGGCGAGACAGCAACGGUCAAGGACUCGGGCCAGGCUGCGUAUCGCAUCAUGCUCACCCGCGAGCAGAUGGCGCCGUACCCCGAGCUAAUCAAGCUGAUUGAUAGCGAUACGGUAACGCGCUGGAUUGGAGAAAAGAAACAUAUCAUCGCAUACUCCAUCCACAAUAAGCAGAUCUACAACUUGUCGACUGCACAGCCAGACGUCAAUUUUGCCGGCGCACCAGAUGCGCAGUACACGACCAGGGGUAGCAAGAGCGCUAUGCUGGAAGUGUACAAGGAUUUCUGUCCCAUGAUCCAGGACAUGCUGAAUUUGGUUCCGGAAGGCGAAGUCGUUGAAUGGAAACUGCGAGUUCACGAUCCACUUCCCACAUGGGUCAGCGGCAGCAUGGCCUUGGUCGGCGAUGCCUGUCAUCCCACGCUACCGCACAUGGCGCAAGGCGCGGCACAAGCGAUUGAAGACGGCGCCGUGCUUGGUGUCGUACUUGAGCCAUCAAGACUUGGAGACGCAGACCCGGAGACGAUCAACAAGGCGCUGAAGCUGUACGAGAAACUGAGGAAGCCGAGAGCCGAGGCGUUGGUUGAGCUUGCUGCUGAAAGUGGGCGUAACAUGCAUCUCGGUGCCGGCAAGGCGAAGGAGGAACGGGACAAGCAGUUCGCUGCACUUAAGCUGGGAGGUGGCAAGGUUCCGGACAAGUGGGCAGACGCAGACGUCCAAGCCAUGGUGUACGGAACCAAUGUGGUAAAACAGGCAGAAGAAUUGUGUCAGACGGAGGGUCUGGUGGCAAGCUCUCACGUUGCGGAAUAAACGGUGGGCUAAGGUAUGAGCCAAGUUUUCCACCACGCAACAGCAAAGUAGGAGUAACAUAAAAAAACUCUAUUAAACACUUAUUUACCUACAAUGUAGUAAUACGUCACUAAAUAUUGGCUUUAGGUAUUACAAUAGCUACAACUUCUAUGUUGGAAAUGAUUUACUUGGAGGUCGCUUAUCCAC